AUGGAGUCGCGAACCGUGACGGCGGAACUUCCGUCUCACAAACGUCCACGGUCCCCUUCGGGCGACUACUCGCCAACCGUUUCAAAGAUGCCCAAAACACAAUCAAACUCUCUACACAUCAAUUAUCUCGCUCGCCAAUACCCAGAUAAUCUGCCUCUUGUCUCCACAGACGAUAGUCUACCGAACAUCCUGCGCUUGAUUGGCGAAUAUGACGGCGUCUUGCAACGACACGAGAGUAUCGCCGGUAAUCUCGGCGCAUGUCCUCUGGGCCCUAUUCUCAUGAAGCGCUUUGAGCGCUUGUUCGAGGGACCGCCGCGGGUACUUAAAUCCAAUGGCAAGGAAGGCACAAAUGUCACUUGGUUGGACGUGGUUGAAUUUGCGAAGAGUAAACCGGAACAGUUCAAUUUAGAAAAGACUCGAAAUGGGAUUCGCGUGUGUCAGUUUUAUACGAAGCAGUGCAGGGUGGAGAUAUCGGAAGAGGAUUAUGUUUUGAUUGCCUCUGGUAUGCCGCAGAAGCUGAUACCGCCUCAGCCGAUUGAUGAGGAUGAAGAAAAAGAAGUGGGAGUGCUGGAGAUUUUGGAGAAGAAUCUCCAGCAGAUCACUGCCAUGGCAGAUUCUGCCGCCGCGCGCGCAAGACAGUUGAGCUACCGUCUAAAGAGUCGUCGCAAUGCGAUCGUUACUCGCCGUGAAAACGAUCGAAACAAAUACUCGCAAAGUCCUCCGCUACACGAACAUGGCAACAAUACAGAUGCUGCAGUCAACGGGACUGGUUUUGCUAAUCCUCCAUCCCCGUCUGGAGGCUUCGUUGCUGUCAAUACGGGCAGGCCGGUUGAAGCUGGUGAAGAACAUCCCAGUCUUUCUUCGCAGUUUAUGCUCAAUCAUCCGAAUACGGAUAACAUUACGAUAAUCAACGGUACAAAUAUCAAAGGUGCUUCGCCAACAACUCGAGCAGAACUACUCAAAAAGUUCCUCACAACGGCAGACCGUGCUGGUCGUAGUGGCCAGCAGGAGGGCGAGGGCUCAUCCUCAUUGCCUAGACAGUCCUCGCGAACAGGGCCUCGAAGAUCAGAGGCAUCGGAACUGCCUCCUGUUUUGUUCAACAAUUCGACAGGCACUGUUGCGAUUCCAAACACACCACCAUCUUUACUUCCUCAGCCCAAAUCAGUCAACCACCACGAACGGGAUGAUGGCGGUCCGUUUAAGUUGGAGAUGGUGGCACGCAUGGAGGAUCUUCAACGAGGGGAACGAAUCUUGCCGCCAUGCGACCGAUGCCGCCGUUUGCAUAUGGAUUGCUUGAAGAAUUUGACGGCAUGCAUGGGUUGUACCAAGAAACAUGCCAAGUGCUCGUGGAAAGAUGUCAAGGAAGAGGAACUAAGGGAUCUUCAGUCUCGCCAACCGCGUACUCAUGACGAGCAGCGGGACUUUGCUCGACCUACUGCUCCCGAUACCAACAACCCUCAAGAUGAGCAUAGCGCAGAACAUAGUCAUCCACAUCACAGCAGCAAUGUAUAUCCUCCUCACGACAAUCAUGCCGAACCUCACCCCAAUCCUCACAAUGCUUUGGUGCUGGCACAAUCGGAGCCACCAUCUCAUCCGUAUAGUCAACACCAGACAUCCCGCGAACAUGCGACAGCGCCUCGACGAGCGAACAGCGAUGUUCACAUCAUGCUCAAUCACGACCAAAACCCGGAGAAUCACCAUCAACACCAUCACCACCCUCAACAACACCAGCAUCAACCGCAUCAGCCACCUACACAACAUCAACAUCAGCCUCAACACAAUCGGCGAAGCUCAUUCCAUCAUCGCAAUAUUCUUCACGAUACCAACGCCAUUAAUAAUUCUAAUACCCACCAUCGAAACAGCCAUCACCGCGACACGGAUAACGAUCCGGAUGCGAAUUCGAGAUUGAUGCAGGCGAUCAAAGAUACAGUUGAUCAUCACAACACGAGAGUUCAAGUUGGACGGGAAAAGCACAUACGAGAUGGUGAAUAA